AUGGUGCCAUACCACCCGAGACAACAAGGCUACCCACAGCAAAACCAGCAACAGUUGACAUAUCAGCCACCUCCUCAGCAGCAAGAUAACAACAUGGUAGAGAUCAGGGGGAUGCUCCAGCAACUCAUUUGGAUAAACGGCAAGAUGCAAGAAAAGUUGGCAGUACAUGAUUUAGCUAUAAAGAACAUCGAAACUCAGUUGGGGCAGUUGUCUAUAGCUUUAAACAAUCGCCCCCAGGGAACAUUGCUAGUGGAUACAAAUAUUAACCCCAAGGAGCAAAACCUGAAUCAGCUAAUGGCAAUAAGUCUUCAGAAUGGGAGAGAUUUAGACAAAGAGAAGGAGGGUCAAGAUGAAAAGGGUAAGGCUAAGGUAAAUGAACAAGCUACAGAACAGGUGGUGCCUCCUGUGCCACAGAACUCCAACAGAGAGAAGCUAGCAAGCAGUGCACAAAGGUUGAAUAUUCCUUUGAUGGAUGCCUUGAGGGAGAUGCCAGGUUAUGCAAAGAUGAUGAAAAACCUAAUGUCACGGAAGUUUGAUUUUCAAGAUGUAUCCAUAGUAACUCUGACGCAAACCUACAACGCGGUAGUGACCAGACCAAUGGCUCAAAAGAUGUCCAACCCAGGUAGCUUCACUAUUCCGUGCACGAUUGGGAGUUACGCCUUUGCAAAGGAAUUAUGUGAUUUGGGAGCCAGCAUAAAUUUGAUGCCUCUGGCUGUAUACACCAAACUGGGCAUUGGCAGAGCUAGACCGACUUCGAUGUUGCUGCAGCUGGCUGACCGCACGGCAAAAAGACCUACGGGGAUUUUUGAUGAUGUAUUGGUGCAAGUGGGGAAAUUCGUGUUCCCUGUAGACUUUGUUAUUUUGUAUUGUCAUGUAGAUGAGGAGAUACCUUUCAUUUUAGGUAGGCCAUUUUUGGCCACUGGGAGAGCCUUGAUCGAUUGUGAGACUGGGGAAUUAAAAAUGAGAUUGAAUGAUGAAGAAGUCAUAUUCAAUGUUCAGCAAUCUAUGAGGAGACCCGGUGAAUAUGCGAAUUGCUCUCUAAUGGAGGCAGUGGAUGUGAUCCUGCAAGAAGAUGAUGUGGCCCUGACUGCUAAAGAUCCAUUUGAGGCAUGUCUGAUAAAUUUAAAAGAAAUGGAUGGUGAAGGGUUGGCUGAGUGGGUCAUGGUACUUGAAGGCCAAGGAUUCUGGAAAAGGGAACCUCAGUUCGAGUCCCUUGAGUUAGAAAAAAGGGCUACAUCUCCAGCAAAACCAUCGGUAGAGGAACCACCCAAGUUGGAGCCGAAGCCACUCCCAGUUCACCUCAGGUACGUUUUCUUAGGCCCCGAUUCUACGUUGUCUAUUAUUAUAUCAUCCGGUUUGUUAGAUGUGCAGGUAGAACAGCUCUUACAGGUACUACAGGAAAGCAAGACUGCCAUUGGCUGGACCAUGGCAGACAUAAAGGUCACGGGAUGGCGAAUUUGCAUGGAUUACCGAAAAUUGAACACAGCCACCCGGAAAGACUACUUCCCCUUGCCUUUCAUUGACCAAAUGUUGGACAGGCUGGCCGGGCGCUCGCACUUCUGUUUCUUGGAUGGUUAUUCGAGGUUGGAAUUUGAGGAACUGAAGAAAAGAUUGGUGAUGCACCCAUCAUUAUUGCACCCAAAUGGGAUCAACCAUUUGAGCUCAUGUGCGAUGCCAGCUUGCCAUGCUUCACCAUAUGGUGGACACUUUGGAGAGAUUCGGACAGUAGCUAAGGUGUUGGAGUCAGGCUUAUACUGGCCUACUCUGUUCAAGGAUGCCCAUGCUUGGGUUAAAAGCUGCGAUGAAUGCCAAAGAACUGGCCACAUAUCUCGUAGACACGAGAUGCCAAUGACCACAAUUCAAGAGUGGGUCGAAGCAGUGGCUCUUCCGACCAAUGAUGCUAAGGGAGUACUAGGCUUUCUAAAGAAGAACAUUUUCACGCGUUUUGGUACCCCAAGAGCUAUACUCAGUGAUGGUGGAACCCAUUUCUGCAAUAGAGCAUUUGCACGGCUGUUGGAAAAAUAUGGAGUUCGUCAUAAAGUGACCACCUCGUACCACCCACAAUCGAGCGGGUUGGUGUUUGGUAAGGUAUGCCACCUCCCAGUUGAGCUAGAGCAUAAAGAACUUUGGGCAUUGAGGCAGUUGAACUUAGACAUGGAGACAACAGGCACUAACAGAGUCACGGGAUUACAUGAGCUCGAGGAAUUCAGGUUCCAGGCCUUUGAGAGACCCUUCAGAGUGGUGCAAUUGUUCUUGAGUGGAGCUGUAAAGAUUGAAUCAGAAGACGCGACAAACAAGUUCACAGUAAAUGGGCAAAGGUUGAAACAUUACAUUGGCAUGUCUGAUGAAAAAGGGGAUAGAGUGGUAAUCACUUUGGGAGAGCCCCAGUACGCGGAUGAGGAGUGA